CUUUAUCCUGAUUUUGCAAGCUCCUGUUAGAUAUUCUGGUAAUCAUUGACUCUUCUUUGUUUGGCAUUAUUGGUAAAUAGUUAAAGGGGAGUCUGAAUUUUGCAGAGUACCAAUCUAUAUAAGUGAGAGAUAAAAAUUCUUAUUUUGCACACUUGCCUAAAGAUUGUAUUGACUCCGAGUAUUAUACCCACUGAGACUCAUUCUAUGCACCCUUCUAUUUAGAAGGAUGACACUUGCAGUUUUAAUAUUAGUGAGCACACAGCUGCUCUUCUCUAAAGCAGCUCCCACACAGUCUCCAGAACCUCCGCUGGCCUCCAUCCCUUGCAACGACCCAGGAGCAGAGGCUGCUGCAGAUUUAUCGCUGCGAGAGCUAAAUGCAGACCGCAGAGAGGGCUUUGUCUUAGGACUAAAACGCAUUACCAAUGCGCAGGAACAAUUUCAGGUAAAAAUGUUUCACUUGUGGAAAUUAAUGUUAACAAAUAUAAAAAUAAAUCUCUCAAAAUAUCAAAUAGGUAGUGGAAAACAUAUUUUUUUAUUAUUGGUUUUAUUUUUGUAAGUGAGCAUGGAAUUUGUCAUUUGGUCUUGCAAAAUUAUGAACUUUUAGAUUAUACCGCUAAUGUUUUUCUUCUUCAAGAUGAACUGAAAUAUUCUUUUUUUUUUUAAAUAAAUUUUUUGUUACAUAUUGUAUGUAUUGUAUAGCAUGUACCUCCAAUAUUUAAAAAAAAAUAAAAAAAAUCAAAUCUGAUCAUCGAUGCUGCUUUCUGUAAAUCAAUUCACAUUUCCCUGUUUGUCAGUCUCUUGCCAUAUGUCUACAUUUUGGAUCAACUAAUGAGAGGAGGUUUGGGACUUGUAGCAAACAAAGAUUGUCAAAUGUUACGAAAACCUGUUUGCCAAUAAAAAGAUAACAAUGUAAUUGUGUUUGAUUUAACACUUACCUAAUGCCACUUACCGUACAUGUGUUUCUAUGAAGCACUUGGAAAUAAUGAUGAAAAUACAUUUCUGUACUAUGGUUCGGUAGCACAGUAACUAGAACAAACAUAAACAAUAUUAAAAUUUGUUUUGCAGGAAAAUGUUGGUUCUGUGUAUUAUCUGGCGCUGGAUGUGCUCGAAACACAAUGCCAUGUAUUGAGCAGAGAAAACUGGAAGGACUGUCAGCCUAAACGGCCAUAUGAAGCUGUAAGUACAUGUAGCUGGACGAUUUUCUAGUUCCCAAACCAGUCUCUGUGGCCCAUCAACAAUCCAGGAUUUAUGUAUUUCCCUUUUUUAUUCCAAUGGAGAUACUGACAAAACCUGGACUGUUUGUGGACCAAGAGGACUGGUUUGGGAACCACUGUUCUAGUCUAUGUUUCAAUGUCUUCAAAUGGAAUGCUAAUUGUAUGCAUAUAUACAUAAGUAGCAAUUGAUCUGAUCAAAUAGAUCUACAUAUUCACUUUAACUUAACAUUUUCUGCAUGGUUUUAGAUGCUUAGUUUAAACUUUCUGGUGAAAUACAUGCUGUAUACUGAAAACUGCAUGACAUUUUUGCUAGAUUUAAAGGGAUAUUAUAGGCAAUAAAACAACUUCAGCUUUAUGAAGCCAUUUUAGUGUAUAAAUCAUGACCCCGCAGUCUCACUACUCAAUUCUCUGCAAUUCAGAAGUUAAAUCAGUUCUGUUUAUAUAGCCCUAGGGGCACCUUCCCUGACUUUAACUCACACAGCCUGCAUGAAACAAAUUAUUUAAAUUUCAAUCAGAUUUUAAUGUGCUGUAGAAGUUGUUCUCUCCUGCAGUGUUAAUCGAACUUAAUUGAAUCACAUAUAGUAGGCUCAUGCAGGCUGUAGCAGGUUAUCAACAGAGCUGAAGAUAAUAAAUUCUAAAUUAAAUACAAUGUGCAAUAAAGAAUUUUAAAACAAUGUCUAGGGAAUGAUCCUAUUGUGGCUAGGUAAAAGGCAAUUGAUAAAUUACAUACAGGAGUGUUUAUUCAAUAAACAGCUAAAUUAUGAUUUCUUUCCCAUAAUUGAUAACCAGCAUUUUGUGAAUUCUGUUUUCUAUAAAGCAUAAUUAACCAUUUAGGCAAUACAUUCCAUGCAUGCAAUUUGCAGAUUCAAUAGGAAAGUCAUAUAGACAGCACAAGUAAAGGAUAUAUAAAAAUGUGUUACCUCUUUAUAACAUUUUCCAUAUUUACACUUUAAGCAAUUAUUUAUUUUACCUUUAAGGUUCAUGGGGAAUGCAAGGUGAUAUUUCACAUUAAUAAACCGAUGCGAAUUGUACACCUCUACAGCUAUGAUUGUACUUUGAAACCAGGUAUGUAAUUAACUAAUACUAGCAUGAAAUCUUCAAAAGCUAAUAGAAAUUUGCCUAGAAUUACUGUGUAUAAUGCAUUUGUAUCUCAAAACAUGUAAGGUUAUUUACUAAAGGGAGAUUUCAAAGUGAAUAAAAUUUAAGGCCAGAGUAGCUGAACUUAAAGCAUAGCUAAGUUAGAGAAUUUUUUUUACAAUUUAACCCCUUAAGGACACAUGACAUGUGUGACAUGUCAUGAUUCCUUUUUAUUCCAGAAGUUUGGUCCUUAAGGGGUUAAAGGGACACCCAGACCACUUCAGCUCAUUGAAGAGGUCUGGGUGCAAUCUCCUGCCCCACUUAGUCCUGCAAUGUAAAACAUUCUGGGAGCUUACAGGACUCUGGGUGGCCUAACUGAUGCCCUCAUGCCUCAAUGGUUUUCUAUUAGAAGGGCCUUAAUGCGCUCACAGUGUUCGCCACGCAUGUGCAUUAGGUUUCCUCGUCAGAUGAGGUCGGAUGAGGCAGAGCAUCAACCCAGCACCUAGGGAGGUUGGCGCUGGAACAAGGUAAGUAAAAAAAGUUCUUAUUUUAACUCAUAUUGUACAGCAAGGGGGACAGCGAGGGAGGGGUGGACCAGAGUACAACUUUGUAUUCCAAAACUAUAGAAUCCCUUUAACUAUUUUGACCUUAAAUUUUAAAGUCACUUUGAAUUCUCGCUUUUUCUAAUAACCAUUAUAAUAGUAUACAAAUUCAUGUAAGUUAAAGAUAAAGCAAUGUGAACAGGUUUAUUCGACUUUAUUGGAGGCUGAGCUUCCAAUACAAUGACUUCUAAUAGACUUGUGAUUUGGUUUCAAACAAAUUGCAGUUUGUCCAAAUUUUGGGCAAAUAGAGGUUCUUUAGAAUUCAUUGACUCUGUAUGCCCAAUAUGGCUGAAUAACAAUAUGACAAAACAACCGAAACCAACAAAGGAUGAACAGUUUUGUGUGCUAUGCGAUUCGGAAAUCCGUCCAUGGUGCCCCCAAAAAAGAGAUAAUUGUUAGGGAACAGCCACUAAAUGUUGAUUUUAUUUCUUUCUUUAUUUUUAAUCUAUAAUGGGGGGAGCACCAAUAAAUCUAUAAGGACCGAUAAAUCUUAGGGUUUGCAUAAACCUUUAAAAUGUGGGCCAAAGUAGCCAAAUAUCAGAAAAGUCAAUUCUGUUUUCAGUUUGGCUAUUUUGGCCUUAAAUUCGAACUUUACUUUGAAUUCUCUUUAAAUGCCUGCAAAUUCUCAUUUUAGUGAAUAACUCUGCAAAAGAUGACUCAUUAAUAUAAUUAUUGUGCUGUGUUAGAAGUUGUGGGACUCACUUUUGUGCAAUGCAACACAUGUUUUUGUAACUUGUUUUCUUUGUACACAAAUACAGUUACACCACCUUUCAUCGGCUGUCCUGGAUGUCCUAUUGCCAGACCUUUGAAUGACACAAAAUUUCAGGAUAUUGCAAAGCUUGGCCUAGAAAAAUUCAACAAUAACAGCAACAGCUUCAAGUAUUUUAUACUGGAACAAAUCACAAAGGGGGCAGUACAGGUAAGAAAAGCUUGUUUUUCUAAACAAAUGCUGCCUAGGUCUUUAUUUAACAGAUCACAUAUAUGAAAAAAAAAAAAUAAUAAUAAUAAUUAAAUAAAAAUAUAUAUAUAUACAUUAUUUUUCUAGAGAGUUGCAAAGAGAAUGUGAGUAUAAAAGCUACAUUGACAGUAUAAACAUGGCCUUAUUUAGGCUGAACAUUCCAGCUCUAUAAAUGUUGCUCAAACACCUCUGCCACUACCAUCGACCAGAAAUUCUUAUAGGAUUCCUAUAGACUGAGCUUCUCUAUUUUCAUAAAUGCCCUAACCCAUCUAAACAGACUUUUCUAAAGUUUCAGUAUUUAAAAGAACACUAUUGGCACCCAGACCACUUCAUCUCAUUAGUGGUCUUGGUGCAGUGUCUCUGUCCUACUUAGUCCUGUAAUGAUCAGACAGCUGCUAGAGGCACUUCCUGGUGGUUAAGUGUCUUUUGGUCGCUUAACUUAUGCUGGAUGUCCUCACGAAUGAGGUCAUCAAGUGCCCGUAAUAUACCCAUAGGGAAGCAUUGUAGCAAUACUUUCCUAUGGGGAAUGCACUUAGUUGCUAUGCAGUCAUUAGAAAGGGGAUGGGGCCUGUGAAAUUACACGGGCUCAAAUUAAUUAAAUAAGACAAGUAGACAUGCUAUUGUCCACCCCUCCCCUCAAAGAGUGCCAUUGCACUUUUUUUUUUUUUAUACGAUAGCAACACCCAAUAACAAUAAAUGGCCCUACCUACCCCAUCGCCCUAUCACAGUAAGGGAGGAAAUACAACUGUAAAGUAAAAGUUAUACAUACCUAUCAGAAGUCUUCUUUUUUUCAAAUUCUUCUUAUCUUUAUCUCCCCAAAAGGCCAAAUAAAACUGUGUAUUUAUAUAUAUAUAUAUAUACAUUUGAAAAAGGACAGUGUGAACGUGGAAGAAUACAAGGAAAAUAUAGUACUGCAAUGCUCUAUGGUGUAUGUCUAUAAUUUCUAAAGGGAAUUUGCAAAUAGUCCAUUUUCCAAAGGGAAAUAAUGUAAGAUGUGUAAGCUUUGUGUAAUUAUGGUGUUUAUUAGUGUUUUGUCAUGCAAUCAAUACAAAUAAACUAUAACUGUAACCUCAUAGAAUAAGGAAAUAAAACACAAAGUGCAAGAGGUACCUAAAGUAGUUUUCUCUUUUACAGCUGGCCAUACAUUUUAUUUUUUUAAAUUGUAAUAAUUAUCUGCAGUAAGUGCUCCUGUGGGUGAGCCACUACUGCUCUUGCACUAGUGAUGGUUUAAUUAUUUAUCUCCAGAUAUCAUACCUUAAAUCAAGUAACAGGUGUACAUUGAAAUAUUAGAGAGGUCUGUCAGUAACCUUUUUUUUUUUUUUUCUGUUUGUGUAUAUAUGCAAAAAUAAAGUUUUUAAUUCAACAAUUUUUUGGUUAUGAUUUUGAAAGGUGAUUGCAGGAGCAGCCUACCAUGUGGAAUUUACAAUUAAGGAGUCUUCCUGUAAUAAAACAUCUGGAGACCUUACUGUCUGCCCACCUGUGAGCUGCAAAAUAGCAGUAAGUGUAAAAUGUUUGUUUCUUUGUUCCAGUUAGCAGAUAUAUGCACUUUUCAAGUUUUUAUUAUAAUGGCAUUCUGUUGGGAGGGGAUGGUUCACGUAUGAAUUUACAGUAUUUUUUGUAUCUGUGCGGAAAUAGAAUGUUUAAGUUUAAUGAUUUCUGUUUAUGAUUCAAUUUCAGGCCUCCCAACCAUCCAGAUUUUAUAGCCCCAUGUGAAAGCCUUACAGUACUUACUUAUUCCUAUAUUUAAUAGAUAAUUGUGAGGUGUGAAAAAUAAAAUUAAAUGUAAAAAUUCAUUCCACUUUGUCUUGCAUCUUGGAACCUCCAUCUUAACUCCUUAGCCAUCAUUACAAGCUCUGUCCUUUACACCUAGCAGUCAGGACAGAGAAGAGGAGGAAUAAACAACAUAUCUGUCUAUUCCAUAUUUGCAAUAUGUGCCAGAACUAUAAUUUCUAAAUCUUUAAUAUAAAUUUAAAAGAAAGGGUAACAAAGUUCUAAGUGAAUUUCACAUUUAAAGGGACACUGUAGUCACCAGAACAACUACAGCUUAUUGUAGUUGUUCUGGUGUCUAUAACCUGUAAAUGCAGGCCUUUUGCUUUAAACACUGCCUUUGCAUAAAAAAGGCAGUGUUUACAUUACAGCCUCGGAACAUCUCUAGUGGCCACUCCUCAGACGACCACUAGAGGUUAGGGAUGUGCAUGGGCAAGAAAUUUGGUUCAGUUCGGCACUUCCGAAAUGCGUGACUUCAUCAAUUUGGGACUCCGGUAAUUCGCACCUUGGUUUAGUUUGGGACUUUGGUAAUUCCUUAACCCUAACCCCUAACCCUACCAAUAACCCCUAACCCUAACAACCAAAACCACUUACACAUCUAGGGUUAGGGGAAGGGUUAAGGUUAGGGGUAAGGGUAGGGCUAAGGUUAGGGGUAUGGUUAAGGUUAGGGGUAGGGUUAGGGUUAGAUUCCUAUCAUCAUUCUCGUAAUUUUCCAUCCCAUUUUUGUUUUGCCACUUUUCAGAAUCCGAAGCACUUCAACAUUCCAAAGCAUCUGAAUUGCCAAAAUUCGGAGCGAAACUAUUUGCACAUGUCUACUAGAGAAAAUAUAUAUAGAAGACAGUAGAUUACCUCUGGGUACCAAUGACAUGGUCCAGUUGUGACCCACUUUCCAGUGCACCAAAAAGAGACUCCAGGGAUCUCAAAGGGGCCUAACCCCAAGGAUAAUAUAUAAAAAACAAAAGAAUACACAAUAUGCUUAUCGCAAUGUCAAGGACAAAUGUGACUCGCUGUGCUACCUGGAAAUAUAGACUAGUUUAAUGAUAAUUAAAUAUUAGCUAUAUACACAUGAAUUCUUAUAAUAAAGAUAUCAAACUAAUCUCCAUUCGAUAAGGACUAGAGAGUGAAAAUAAUAAUAAAAAGAUUCAAAAUUGCUAUCACUAUCCUAAAUAGUGUAAAGGUAUUAUAGAAAUAUUUUCAGCGUGGGAUGUCUAUCUGGAGAUUUAUUGGGUCUGGCUCUAUAGGUAUCCGCAACACUAUCUGUGUAGUAUCCAGUACACUAAACAAAAAAAAAAAUAUAUAUAUAUAUAUAUAUAUAUAUAUUGAUAUAAUAGUAUAAUACUCCUUGACUAAAAAGAAAGACUCAAAUUACAGAGAAAAUACCAUGUUAAAGAGAUAUAUAAAAUGUGGUAUAUAAUAUCAACCUAUUAUGGACUGGCAAUAUGUGUCCUAAAUGGAAGAGACUCAAGAGAAAAAAACAGACCAAUAAAGGUAAAAAAAUCAAUUGAAAAGGCUUAUCUCUUAAUAGAUGUAGUUAGAAAUUAGUCAGGGAAAUACUAUCCAUAGAAACUAUGAUGCUUAGAAUGCUCAAUAGUAUAUCUAUGGUUAAAUAAAUUGGAGUAUAGGUCCGUCAGAAUGUAAAGGGAGAUAGAGGAGAUAGAUGUAAAGAUAAACUGCUUGAAAAUCUUGCAGUAAAAGUCAUUUACAAAGCCUCGUUCUCUAUUGUUCUAACUACACAGCAGAUGGAGCAAAAAGGAAUGAAAUAUAAUCAAAUUAAAUAGAAACAAACACCCCCAUGUGCGGCAGUAAACGCCUAUUUUUUAUUUUUUAUUUUCUAUGGGCACUUAACACUUGUCAAUGCAUCUAGUAUGCCGCACAUGGGGGUGUUUUUUUCUAUUUAAUUUGAUGAUAUUUCAUUCCUUUUUGCUCCAUCUGCUGGAAGCUAAUCCCGGGAGGGACACUGGCAGAUCAUUUUAAGAAACAAUCUAGGCACAAUAACCACUACAGCUCUCUAUAGUGGUCUUGGUGCCAGGAGUUGCUGUGGCCCCCUCCUAGAAUAAGUAGUCAAACCGUUUAAAAAGAAUUUGAUAACUUACUCAGGGUCUACCGGGAUAGGGGCUGUAGUGUGUGUGUAUGUGUGUGAGGGGUGCAGUGUGUGUGUGAGGGUCGAAAUAUGUGUAUGGAGGGGUAGUGUGUGUGUGUGAGAGGGGUGCAGUGUAUGUAUGGGGUAGCAAUUUGUAUAUUGGGAGCAGUGUGUUUGUGUGUAAAGCGUGCAGUGUGUGUAUUGGGAGCAGUGUGUUUGUGUGUGAGUGGCGCAGUGUGUUUUUGUGUGAGGGGUGCUGUGUGUGUAUGGGGGCAGUGUGUAUUGGGGCUGUGUGUGUAUUGGGGCUAUGUAGUUAAGGGAGGCAUUGUGUGUAUUGUGGGCUAUAUGUGUAUAAGGGGGCAGUGUGUGUAUUGGGGGCUAUGUGUGUUUAUGGGUGGCAGUGUGUGUAGGGGGGCUGUGUGUGUAGGGGCUGUGUGUGUAUGGGGGGACAGUGUGUGUAUGGGGGGACAGUGUGUGUAUGGGGGGACAGUGUGUGUAUUGGGGCUAUGUGUUAAGGGGGCAUUGUGUGUAUUGUGGGCUAUAUGUGUAUAAGGGGGCAGUGUGUGUAUUGGGGGCUAUGUGUGUUUAUGGGUGGCAGUGUGUGUAGGGGGGCUGUGUGUGUAGGGGCUGUGUGUGUAAGGGGGACAGUGUGUGUAUGGGGGGACAGUGUGUGUAUGGGGGGACAGUGUGUGUAUGGGGGGACAGUGUGUGUAAGGGGAGGCAGUGUGUGUAAGGGGGUUGUGUGUGUUGAGGUACUGUAUAUUUGUGUGUGGUGCAGUUUGUUAAAUAAUAAUGAAAUAAAUAUAGAUAAUGUUCCCCCUCUCUUCUUACCUUUGUUGAGGGAGGGGGAGACAUUGCUUUCUUUCCAGUCCCUGGCAGUUUUAGUGGGGGAGUGAACUCUAACCUGCAACUCAGGCUAGAGUUCACUCUCGCGAGAACAGAGUGUUGCCAUGGUAACUGCACCAACGCUCCGUGCUUGCGAGAGGAGAACCCCCCCCCGGAUCCGCCAAUGAGUCAGUGCUGCACAAUGGGCAACACUGACGUUCAGCGUCUCCACGCCCUGCAUGGAGAUGCUGAACUUUCCCCAUAGAGAUACAUUGAUUCAAUUCAUCAUAUGAGGAGAUACAGAUUGACCAGGGUGGUGUUUGGCUCUGCCCCCCCACCUCCUUGGCUGAAAGCAUCAGAAUUGACAAUCUCCACCAAUCCACUGUUUUCCUAUGGGAAAGCAGUGUGAUUGGCGGAGAUAAUGUGGUCGCCGUUCGUAUAGUCGAACACGUGGCGUGGCCAUCUUGUUUAGUCGAACGCGUCCAGCGGUGUUCGUGCCGUUGAGUGUCUGAUUUUAGUUCCAUGCGCUCGACGACAAAACACUGCUGGACUGGAAUGGCACAAACGGAGUGCUGUUCGGUAGAAGUAAUCUACCGAACCGGAUACACUCACUGACUCUGUGCAUGAAUGGCUCCAUUCAACUAUUUGAACGUUACUUCAACUGUUGAAAUAGACCGGCCGCACAGCGGAAUUCUCUGGAACUAUUUUGGGCAUGAAGCCAUGAGUGCGGUCAGUCAAAAAGAGACUUCCAUGAAACAUUUGAACCCCUACUCUGAUCUGGUGAUUUUUGGAUAUGUUGUUUGCCCAGAUCAGGGAUAUCCAGGGCUGUAACAAUUGUGGGGGCAUGUUAUGUUUCGGGGUACGUUCUGAACUUUGUGAAAAAUGUGUUUUUUUUCUCCCUGGAGAUAAUUGAGUUACUUACAGUACUUUACUCAAUUAUCUCCCAAGCAGAGGGGAGGGAUUGUGUGCUGUACAUGGGAGUGUCACAAACUGUAUGUUUGUUCUGAUUAGUUUGUGUUCCUGUGUCCCAUCAGGUCCAAGGGUGUUCCUCUGGCCUGAAGAAUUGUAUAAAAGCCAAUCUGAACCAUAAAACUUAGAUCAUCUGCACCUUCAUGAAGUUUCAGCUCAUGUUUGGGGGAUUGGAGAACUACAUACACUCUGGGGAUUGCUAUAUCACAAUAGUUCCCUGGGUAUAAUCACUAGCUCUUCUAAGAGCUGUUCCUGCUACGCUCUCUGGACUAGGAGAGGUCUACCCACUGGAAGUUGGAUCCUGGUCUUGGGUCCAGGGUGGGUGGAGGACAGCGAGACCCCAACCAAGCUGCGGCGGUUAGUGGGGUUUACGGUGCUUAUGGUACUCGCAAGUACUAGGAAGCAGCUAUUGAUGGAGGUACCUGUUCAGGAUGCAAGGCAGUCCGUUACAAUCUUAAACAGGUCAAAUAAAGUAUACAACAAAGAAAAUCGUUCUCUAUUAAGAUCUACAAAAGAAAUCAUAGAAUUGCAUAAUGGCACAGUUACUGGCACAGGCAAAGAUAAGCCAUCAUCAAAAAUAUAGUUUUCUUAUUAUGUCUAAACCUCUGAUCUGGACAUCUAUGGCUUGCCAAACCCAUCUAGCCUCUCUUAUUUCUCUAAAAUAAGUUCUGAAUUUUUUUCCCUUUUCUUGCAAUAAAUGUCUUGUUCAUUUCUAUCCUCUUUGCCCUACCUUUCUGUUCUAGGAUCUUGUCCCUCCACAAUCAUACCAUCCUCCUCUCCCUAAUUUCUCCUAUGUUCAGAGAUCCCCAGAUCAGUCUUUUCCAGAAACGUAUUAUAUGAAUUACUUACCCUGAAUCUAAAAAUAUGUAUAAUCACAUUAUCUGUUGGUAAAGUUUUUUAUACUUAUAUUAUUAGUUCUGGGAAUGCUGUCAGUUUCUUAAUAUUGAUGGUACUGCCAAUACUGAUUUCACAUUACUUCUCCCAACCCCAUCUAGGAAACCGGCUACUGCAAAAGCCGCGGCAUAGCACACUGGAGCGCACCAAACAACCCAAGUGUGACAAUCACCUGCAACCUUUUUAAGGCAGAGGUAUGGAAAAAAUACAAUUAAUUUCAUUUUGUGGCCUAUAAUUCUGGGAUAUUGAAUAUUCACACCAGAUUAACGCAUGGUAUUUUAUAAUCUGACUGUUUUUAGUAUAAAUUUAUUUAGAAUUAGAAUAGACAUUUGUGAAGUGAAAAACAACAUACAAUAUACUACAUACACACGUGUGAAUAACUUGUCCUCAAUGUUCUCUCUCACACACACACACACUAUGCAGCUGGCAUAAUUUGUUUCCCUUUGUAUUCGCAGUCUGACCUUGCACUUGCAUACACCUCCUGCCGGUUGCAGACCUAGUAUAUGGCUACCGUGAGCACUGGGCAGUUCAAAGUGUUGCUGCAAGUUACCAUGGCAACAUUUUGAUACUAUCACUCUGGAGCUUGUGAAAGGCAUACCAGGUAUGCAUCCAGCAUAGAGGCUCUACACACAGGACCAUCAGGGAUGGUCAUGCAAUACCAGUCAAUGCAACCUGCAGUUUAGGUUUUGGCUCUGCUGGCAAUACCAGUUAAUUGAACUCUCAAAUCUAGGUUUUGUGCACUGUGUUUUUAGUGAAAAGGUGAGCGAACAGAGGAGUGAGGUGUGUGGUCUGGGAGAGGAGAUGUGAAGAUUUUUGUUUUAUUUUAAAUGUAGUACACCAGGAUUACAUAUUGUACCCUCUAGACCAGGGGUCUCCAACCCUCUGGCCCCGGAUCAGUGCCGAUCCGCAAGAACUUUCACCCAACUUUACCAUCAGGUGUAAGGUUUUGCAGACUGGCAAAUUGCCGCAAGAUAUUUCCCCGGGGCUAUGAUGUUACGAUCUUAUGAUCUUACGAUCAUAGCACUGGGAAAUGUGCCUCCCUCUCCCCUGCCGGUUCUGCAGGACCGGAGGGGAGAUCAGAUAUCUCGCUCUCUGGCCCGCUCAGAGUGUACUGCUGGCAGCCGGAAGGGAAGGAGAUAGGACCCGGGGGAGCUCUUACCUGAAGCUCCACUGGGAUCUUCUCUCGCGUGCUCCGAGCAUUGCUGCGGUUACCAAUGGCAAUGCUCUGAAUCUCGCAAGAGUGAAUUCCUGAGGCUACUAUAGUUCACUCUCUCCACUGGGACAACUGCAGGAACUGCAGGGUAUGUCCCCCCUCCAAGACAAAGGUAAGCAGGGAGGGGGGAUAUCAAAAUAACAUAAUUUUUUUUAAAAUAAAUAAAAAAAAAAAAAAAAUAUAUAUAUAUAUAUAUAUAUAUAUAUAUAUAUAUUUACUAAUCCACCCUCCAUCCCCACAGACCCACAAUCAUUUUCCUUUAUACACACACUGCCUUCCACACACGCACUGCCUUCCAUACACACACACACAAACUUCACCCCUCUCUCACACACACACUGCAUCUCUCACACAUACCAUUGGGUUUUAUUUCUGGCUGACGCCGGUCCGCAAAAUAUUUCUCCUCUUUUCGCCGGUGCUUAAAGGUUGGAGAACACUGCUCUAGACUACCAAUAUUUAGCACCCUAAGAGUUCUUUUAUUUAUUUUGGAUGUUAUAUUAAGAAUGUCCCCUCAAAAUGGUUACCCUAUUGCACCCCCUGUCAUUCAAAGAGUAAAAAAGACACCUUUAACUCAUCCUAUCAGCAUUUUUUGAACUAACUAAAGACAGUGCUAACUAAAGUAUCUGCUGACUACAGCUAUACAUACAUUUUAAGAGUCACUGUAACCCUUUUGAGAGAAAGGAAAUUGUAUAUAAUAAGUAAAGGAAUAUCUGGAAAUUUUCGUUCAUCCUUACACACAUACGUUCCACCACGCACACAUUUUGCUGCCAUUCUUCUUCUGUUGAUAAGAUCGUUUACUUGGUUUUUUUUUUUUAAAUGUUUUAUUUAUUCAAUAUUCACUCAAUACAUAUAUAUUUUAUUUUUAUGUUUGUCAUGGUCUCAUUUAUCCUACAAUAGUUGUGCAGUGCCCUUCGGGUCUUCGGACAAUGAAUUAUUUUAAAGGAUAAUUAAAGGUUAUCGACUAGAAUAAUUAACUAAAACCAUUUCUAAAAUAAACUUGCAACUGGAUCUCUGUCUCCUAAAUGCUAUAAGCAGUGAAUGACAAGGGUGAGACAUUUGUAAGUAACAUCCAUCAUACCUGAAGGGAUCCAUAGUGGCCUGUAUUGAAGGGUCUGAAAACCGAUAUAAAGGUUCGGUAUUCUCUCUUUUCCCUCCUCUGCAUAAGAAGAAUAUUGCUAAGGUAGUUGGUUACUUAAUUCAUAAGAACAUUAGCUUUUUCAGUAUAGUCACCAAAGAGUUGCAAUACUUUAUGUGAUCUGUAGACUUGGGAUAUAUUUAUGCUAGAAGAAGUUUAAAGUAGCCACAAUUAAAAAAAAAAGAUAAAAUGUGGUUGUUUGCUAUUCAUAACCAGCAAGAGCAAGCUGAAAGACACAUAUAAAUAAUAUGUAAUGGCUAUUUUACAGGAUACUGUUGGUGAAGAGCAAACUCAUCAGAAUGGUCACACUGAUCAACAUCAACAUGGAAAGAAAGGUGAAAAACAUGAUGGACACACUCAUCAUGAACACAAUCACAAGCAUGGCCGCAAACAUGACCAUAAGAAUGGACAUAAACAUCAUCAUGAUGGCCACAAGGAUGGACAUAAGCAUGAUCAUGAGAGCAGCGAAAGCCAUGAACAUGACCACCAGCAUCAGCACCACGAAUGCCAUCGCAAAGGUAGAACAAUAGGCAAAAUUACAUAUUUACCCUCUGGAGAAGACUCCACAGCCAUUCCAGUAACUGAAGGAAAAGAAGGCACAAAACCUUUAAAUGGUGCUAAGCCCAGCCUACCAGAUGGACAAACACACCCUAGCAUUGCUCGUCCAGGACUUAUUCACAUACCCAAGCCAUAUAUUCGCCCUUUCCCUAAAAACCCCUCCACAUCAGACCAAUGCCCAGGGAAAGACAAAUACAAUGAACCACUUGUAGAUCCAGUACCUGCUAUUCCAGAAGUCCCAGCACCAAUUCCUAAGUAAUCACUUUACAACCAUUACUCUUUUCCAAGUGCUUUGAUUUUAAGCUGAAACGAUUUAGUAUUUGUAAUAUCAAAGUAAAAUAUAACUGAAACACAAUCUUAACAUCUCUCUCUACCAAAAUUGUCUAUACAAGUUUAUUUUUAUUUUUACAUUUAAUAUGCAACAAACAAAUAUGUUUUGACAUGAAAUAAAUCAUAUUCCCUAGCAAAGUUUUA